AUGAAGGAGAAGAUGAACGUGGAGGCUCUGAGCAGGGCUGAGCUGCUGACUCUGCUCAGUAUCCUGGAGGGAGAGCUGGAAGCCCAAGAUGUGGUCAUCCAUGCGCUGCGGGCCCAGCACAGAGAUGCCUUCGUGCAAGAGCGUUACGGACAAUAUGACCUCAGCGAUCCGUUCCUGGCUUUGCAGCGGGACAGUGAAGCGGAGGAGAGGGAGAAUGCCCUGGCUCAGAACAACAGCAGCCUGGCAGGACGCGCAGUGGGCCCAAACCCUCUGGCUGUACUCAAACUGGUCAUGGCUCACUGCAAAAGGAUGCAGGAGAGGAUGAUGGGUCAGCUGACUGCAACAGAAAGAAGACAUAAAAGGAUGAUUGCUGAUUUGGAGGAGGAGAAACGGUGCAGGGCUCAAGAAGCCGCCAGAAGUGAAGAUGUUACUUAUAUGCUCCAAAUAGAAAGGGACAAACUCCUUCAACAGUUGGAGGUGGAGCGGGCUACAGUGCGGCGCCUGGAGAAGGAGCAGGAUCAGACGGUGAGCCAGGUGGAGGAGUCCCUAUCCCAGCAGCAGCAGCUCUCGUCCACCUUGAGCCUGGAGCUACAGCGCGCCUGCAGCCAAGCACAGGAGGAGGCCCAUAAGGCGUCUCAGCUCCAAAGUCGACUCCAGGAGGAAACCAGUGCUCUGGAGAAGCUACAGCACACUCUAGAGGAAGAGAGAAGACACUCAGCGCAAUUUGAGGCCAAGUUUGAAUGGCAGCUGGCUGAGUUAACUACAGAGCGAGAGGAGAUCAAAUCUCAGCUCUAUAAUGAAACAGAGAGGUGUAAGGAGCUUGAGAGACAGGUGGAGGAGCUCACAGAGAGAUUAGCUUCUGUACAAAACACCUGUGAUAUAAAGGGAAAUGUACUGUCCAAUAAAGCAUCUGUUCAUUCAGAACCAGAUGGAAAAGUUAACGGCACAACUAUGCCAGCCACUGUGUCCAAGGCCAAUGGUCAUCACACUAACAAAGGGACAGAGCCCACAAAAGAGAAGAAAGGCCAUGAAAAUGAGGUGAUAGCAGAAAAUGGCAGCGGACUUUUGUCUCAUUCACCUGUUCACCCACUCUCUAACCCUCGCUCUCCAUCCAGCACAGCUUCCUCGUCCCUCUCCUCCUCCCCAGUCUCGUCCCCAGUGCUGGCCAAACGCCUUGGGAGCCCAGGCUUUCAUCAGUCAGCUUACCAGGCUGGAGUCAAUCAGCGCUUCCAUGCUGCCAGGCACAAGUUCCAGACUCAGGCCGAACUGGAACAGCAGCAUCACAGCAGUGGGCCGCUAUCUCCUCGAGACCUGUCUCCAACCACCACCUCCCCCCCGCCACCAGAAAACAGUACUGCCAAACAACUGGCUCGCAACACUGUCACACAGGUGCUGUCACGCUUCACAAGCCAACAGGCUGGAGUCAAACUGGCCCCAAUCAGCAGCUCCCCUUUUGGCACUGAUUACCGCAACUUGUCUUCCCCUACUGCUCCUAAGUCCCCCUCGGCAUCACCUUUAUCUCCAGGCAUUCGCUCACCGCUCACACCGCGCUCUGAACGUACACACCCUCCUCCUGUUCCUCCCAAAAGGCCAGGGAUGAGUCCCACUCCUGGAUCCCCGAGUCAUUCCACAAGGAGCCUCCACUUUCCAGAGCUGUCAGGAAACUGUGCAGACAAAAGUAUGAAGGAAGGAGCGAAAGAGCCUGACCUGGUCCUAUCAUCCAGUAGUUAA